AUGCCGAAUCGUGCUCUGUUUGAAAAUUUUGGCUCAAUACUGAUUUUCCUGUUCUCGGCUCUGAUCAGUGCGGUGGAUCCGGUUGCUGUGAUUGCGGUUUUCGAAGAGAUUCACGUUAAUGAAAUGCUUUUUAUCACUGUAUUCGGUGAGGCACUUUUUAACGACGGUAUCACUGUGGUGUUAUAUCAAAUGUUUCGAAAGUUUGUGCUGAUUGGAGCUGAUAAUUUGGUGCCCAUUGAUUAUGUUGCCGGCGGAAUCAGUUUCUUCGUGAUCGGACUUGGUGGUGCUGCAAUUGGCACUUUCUAUGCUUUCAUUGUUAGCUUCAUCACCAAGUUAGUGACAGUGAACUCAAAACCGGUGCUCCAACUUUUUGAGCUAAAAUUCGUGUGCACUAUUACUUUUGUUGCACUAGUCAAUUUUCAAUAUGAUGAUAUUACACCAUUUUUGCUAAUUUCAACUUGA